AUUCUCACAUCUUUGAAUCGGCAGGCGGUCCUGGUGGACAUGGAGGAGGGUGUGGUCAGCGAGAUCCUGCAGGGCCCACUGAGAGAGGUGUUUGACAGCACUCAGCUCCUCACAGACGUGUCAGGUUCAGGCAACAACUGGGCAGUGGGACACAUGACAUACGGCUCGACCUACAGGGAACUGAUAGUGGACAAGCUGAGGAAGGCAGCAGAACACUGUGACUGUCUCCAGUGCUUCUUUCUCAUACACUCAAUGGGAGGAGGUACUGGUUCGGGCCUGGGGACGAGGGUUCUCAGACUGCUGGAAGACGAGUUCCCUGAUGUGCGUCGCAUUGUUGCCUCCAUGUAUCCGUCUGCGGAGGAUGAUGUCAUCACAUCUCCUUAUAACAGCGUCCUUGCCAUGAAAGAGCUCACAGAGCACGCCGACUGUGUCCUGCCAGUGGAAAACCAGUCUUUAAUGGACAUUGUGAACAAGAUUAAACUACUAUCGCAUGCUCCAAAGCCAGGGUUGAUGGUCAAGAGAGACAGCACACUGGCCUCUGGACAGGGUGGGCUUUGUGGGGCAGAGAAGCCCUUCGAUGCCAUGAAUAACAUUGUGGCUAACCUGCUGCUUAAUAUAACCAGCUCGGCACGGUUUGAAGGGUCCCUUAACAUGGAUCUGAAUGAGAUUUCCACGAACCUGGUUCCCUUCCCUCGCCUACACUACCUAGUGCCCAGCCUCACUCCGCUCUACACACUGGCAGAUGUCAACGUCCCCAGCAGAAGGCUGGAUCAGAUGUUCAGCGACGCCUUCAGUAAAGACCACCAGCUUAUCCGGGCUGACCCAAAGCACAGCCUCUACUUGGCCUGUGCACUCAUGCUCAGGGGCAACGUGCAGGUGUCUGAUCUCCGCAGGAAUAUAGAAAGACUGAGGUCCUCCCUGCCCUUUGUCUCGUGGAACCAGGAAGGCUGGAAGACGGGUCUCUGUUCGGUGCCUCCCGUCGGUCACUCCCACUCCCUGCUGGCUCUGGCCAACAACACCUGUGUGAAGCUCACAUUCACCGAGCUCAGAAAACGCUUCACCAAGCUCUACCGGAAAAAGGCCCACUUACACCACUACCUGCAUGUGGAAGGGAUGGAGGAGGACGUAUUCUCAGAGGCCAUCUCCUCCCUCAGCUCACUCAUUGAAGAGUAUCAUCACCUGGAUGCCACUAAGGCCAGACUCGUGCCUGAUGCCCCCAGGCUCAACAUCGCCAGAUAGAGGUCCGCUUUGUCGGCCAUCUUUGUUCAGGUGUGUCCUUGUUCUUGUUUUUCUUUGAGAAAUCGUUUUACACAAACAUGUUUUUGUAUAGUUUUAUCAGUUUAUGCCCCGAAAUGAUGGAACAGCAUGAAAGAAACAUUUGAGUUUGACUCAUUCUGUACAAUGUUCUGAUUGAGUUCAUAUCAGGUUGUAAGUAUUUACAAAAGACCGCGUGCCCAAGAACAUGCCUACAGACAAUUUUAUAUUCUUUAAAACCUAAAUCAAGCCUAUGGAAUUAAAAACAGUUUUGCAAAAAAAAAAAAAACAACUUUUCCACCACCUCCAUUCAGUAAUUCCUUGAUUUUACAAUAUUCUCCAUAAAU